UUGAACACUCCAAAAGGUAGGAGUGUGUUGUCAGUUGUUAUUGACUGGCAACCAAUUCACAGUGUGCCCAACGUUUGCUAGGAUGGGCUCCGGCACUCAGUGACCCUCGUGAGGAUUAGCGACAUGAAAAGAUAUUUCUAGCUCUCAUAUAUGAAUGGGGAAAAUGCUGAUUGCAUGAAAACUAAAGCACACAUGGGGGCAAAAAACAAAGGUCAGAUUUCAAACCGGUGACCAAAAAUAGUUCAAAACCGCGGGUGUAUAGAAUCGGUUCAAAAAUGUUCCAUUGCCAAUGUAAUUUAAAAAAAAUAAUACCGUAAUUGAGAGCUGGCGUACACAAAAGUAAACAUCACAUUUUGGGCCAUUUGCACUCAAGUUAUUCCAAAUCUUGAUAUUGUGGCAUGCUCGUACAUGAUCCAAAAUGUGAUGUAGACACCAGGUUUUUAUAAGGCCUUUAUAAAGUUUGAAAUGACCAAAGAAAAGCACUUGCUCUAUAUAGAGUUAAACGAUAUAUUUUUUUCUUCCCCGAAACAGGCAAAAGAGGGUUCAAACCUGCAGCCACAAAUGUACAAUUGUUAGUGUGGGAAACACAAGCCAAACGGAGUACACGCCCCACCCACAUACACCUUGUGCGGUUUGCACUCAUUUCCUCCAUCCAUACGUUUGUUACACUUCAGCAAUAUUCUCUCACCAUGCACCUCUCACACUAGGCAGGCAGGCAGGCAGGCAGACAAACACAAAACAGCCGGUUCCCACGGUGGUGGGGGUGGCAGAGCGGCGUGUCAAUCCGCGCGCAGCACAGCACAGCGUCACCUCUUUUCACUCACAGAAAAAGGAGAGAGAGAGAGAGAGGAAGUAGAGCGGGCCCUUUUGUUAUGUCAAGUCCCACGCAGUCUAGUCAUUUGAAAACAAGUGCAAUAUAUCCGCACUUUAUGAUUUAAGAAGCCUCCUGCGCGGCAUUUGUUCUAAAUGAGAGGACGGCGGGUUGCCAUUUGCCUCACUCAUAUCAUGUCGAUCACACCAUGCUGGAUUGGACCCAUUUGUACCUUUUAUGACUCGAAACUUCAUGGUAAAAAAAAAAAGGUUUAGUUGAUCAAUUCCUUGUCUGCCUGGAACGAGUGAACGUUUUCGGAUGAAUAUUUUUAACAAAUGACCUGGGUUUUUUCAUUCGGUUCGUUUUCUCACCUUUAUUGAUAUGGGAGUUAUUAAAUAUUGAAUCAAAGUCACCUUGAAGAUUGUUAUCAAAAUGGAAGAAGCCAAUAUGACGUAGUUUAAUGAAUUUUUGAGGGGGGGAAAUCAUGACACAGACAGAUGGCUAUCUAGUUGCCGCAUAGUACUGCAAGUAAGAAUUGGAGGGGGCCCCCCUCGGACAGAGUCAAACCACGCCUUCCUCCUUCUUCUCGCCGGUGUCGGCCUAUAACCUCGCCGGGUUUCCGCCCAUUCCUCCACAUUUGCCCAACGCCCCUCCCUCGUAUUGUCAUGCAAAUAAAGGACGUGUAAAAGAUUCCCCCAGAGCGGAGCCACCAGCCAGCCAGAGCUCAAGGAGGACGCAGCAGAGAAGACCGUACGCUGGCGGAAUUCUGUCCCCCCCGUUUUGUUUGUUUGUUUGUUUUUGUGUUGUUGUUUUUUUUUUUUUUUCCCGGCGUUCCGGACACGCUUUCGUCACACAGGCAGACUCGCGUGAGCAGCGGACGCGGACGCGGACGUGGGAGAAGCAAAGAGGGAGCGUGAGCCGAGCCCAGCCCAGCGAGGUGUCUCUCUAUCGCAUCAUCUGCCGCUGCUAGGAAACUGUACAGACCGCCCCCGCCCAGUCCAUUCAGCACACGGGAUCAUCUACCUUGAGGAUCUGUGUGUGUUAGGCUCCUUUUUUUGGGGAUCUAUAAGGAAGUGUGGCCAAGCGCGAGAGCUCUUUUUUUUUUUUUUUUUUUUAAAGAGCGGAUUACCGGGCGGCCCCCUGCCCUCCCUCCCUCGUCUUUCGACGCGACGCAGCCAUGAGCCAGGCGGACGUGUCCACAUGCUCGGCCCCGCAGAGGGUGUUCCAGGAAGCGGUGAAGAAGGGCAACACCAAGGAGCUGCACUCGCUGCUGCAGAACAUGACGAACUGCGAGUUCAACGUCAACUCGUUCGGACCCGAGGGCCAGACGGCCUUACACCAGUCCGUCAUCGACGGCAACCUGGAGCUCGUCAAGCUGCUGGUCAAGUUCGGCGCGGAUAUCCGACUCGCCAACCGCGAGGGUUGGAGCGCCUUGCACAUCGCCGCCUUCGGGGGGCACCAGGACAUUGUGCUAUACCUCAUCACCAAGGCCAAGUACUCCUCUGGGGCCCGGUGAUCGCUCGCUCUCUCCCGGCAUCCCUCCUCUCUCCCUCUCUCUCGCUCUCUCACUCUGCUGUGCGUGUCAGGUCAAAAUGAGCAACGCGAAAUGGCCACUCCAAACAUGAGUAGAAUCGUUCAAUAACACGCAUUUGGUUGUUGGUACUAUAAAGCAGGGGUGGGGGACAAUUUCUUCAGUCCUCCCAGCCACACACUCAAUUCCUGACAGGAGGAUCAUUAGUGGAUGUUCUUCAAAUCUUCGCGAAUGGGGUCCGCAAGCCGUAGCUUGCCCACCCCUUUCUUAAAAGCUUUCCUCUUGAAUGUGUCCACUAUAAAAGGUGCGUUCCACUCAUUGUUGAUUCACCCCUCCCCGUUUUCAAUCAUGCUCAUCGUAGUCCUCGGAAACAAGCAUUUGAACUUAUUUAAAGUGAAUUAGGGCACUUGAUGCUGGAAAUUUUGAAAGGGAAAAGAAGACGGGCAACAUUAUUUUUCUCAUUUAACCAUCAUGAUUUAGCAACAAAUGGUUUCCUCGUGGUUGUGAAGUACUGUACACCAUAGCUUUACUUUGUUUCUGUCAUUGUUUGAAAAGAGAUACAAAACUCGCCAUAAUCCACACUGGCGUCUGACUUUUUCCAGCCAGUUUACCAAUGGUCAUUGUGUUGUUACUUUAAAGAAAAAACAGCUGCUUUGUCUAAAAAAAAAAAAGAAUUGGAAUCACUUUAUGAACUCAUUUCAGUAUUUUGUUAACAUCCUCACUGUGAAAGCGGGCUGUUAUUUUUGUAGUAUUUAUGAAGGUACAUAUUCAUUCAAAAAGAAAAAAAAAGAGGAUCUUUAAUGUAAGAGGGUGAUUAAAAGCUGCUUCAAUUAAAAACAAACUGUCCCAUGUGGAGGUAUCUGCACCCCCACCCCCUCCCACCUCUGCUCCCAUUCUUCCCAUCAGGAUUGGUUUCCUUUUGUCAGCUACCUCGACUAUUAAAGUAUUCUCAUGUUGUGCUUAUGCCAUGUGUUUUUGCGCCCUUCUGCUCCCCCCGAAAAGAUCCCGCAUCCUCAUUUGGGACUGUUUUAUUUCUUACUGCAACCAAACCAGUUCAGACAAGCUAAGCAUCAGUGUGCCUUUCUGCUAUUUUUUGGGGAGGGGGGGGGGUGUCUAUUUUCAGUCAAGACAACAAGUAGAAUGGCUUCUAAAUGCAGGGAGUUUGAAUUGCACAAAUAUGCGGAGCCUUGAGAGCUUCGAGGCUUUGGAUGGAAUAGUUACUACUACUACUGACUUUUUGAACAAAAAAUCCACGUACCCAUAACAUCACACUAUGUGGCAGUUGCGGGACUCUCAAAGAUUUUUUUUUUUUUUUUUUUUUUUAAGUUGCCUGCUGCAUUGAAAAAAGAAUGAAAAAGUCAUGGCACCCAAACAUUUGAAUCAAAGCUGCUUCUUUUUUGGUCAUAGUUAGGUUUUCUUUUCAAAGGCUUCACAGCAGAUUCACGGGAAGAGUGUGUGUUCUUUGCAAGUGUGAGCUUCUCAGGAGGCCAAACUCACGCACACGCAGAAAAACAAACACCAGUAUACUUAAGCGAUUGGAUUGGUAUCAGGAAACACAUUAAAUAUGCAUCGCUUGUCUUAAACUUGAUGUUUCUUUUUUUUUUUUUUUCAAUAUUGCACUGAUGACUGUUGUUGAAGUUGGCUUUUUAUGUGCCAACAUUUAAGAAUUUUUUUCUGGAAAGAAAAAAAAAAAAUCAAACACCGCAAAAAUACUAUUGUAUAAAUAUAUGCUCCAGGUGAUAAAUGUGUGCAUUACUUUGUGGAAAUGUGUUUUUCUCACAAAGAUGUUGGUGUGUGCGUGUUAGUGUGUGAUAUAUAUGUAUUUAUACAUAUAUGUGUAUUGUCCUGAUGAUGAGAAAACUUGGGGCACUUCAUUUCUGAAGUGCUGUCUUCCUGUUUUUUAAUGAAAGGGGAAUAAUGGUAAGAUCAUUGUAACAUGAUUAAAAAUUGCACGUUUGUGUGGUUGUUAGGCUUACCAGAGUCAUAAUAUUUAUGACGUCAUGAGCCAACCACCAGAGUGGUGUAAAUGAUAUGAGUGUUGUUCUUUUUUUGUGAAGAAAAAAAAGUGCUUAUUUUUGUCUUUUUUUUGGGGGAACAAGAUGCGUUUCCAUUUUUUUUUUUUUUUCGGCUUCAUUUCAUGCAGGAGGAAAGAUCUGAUUUUCCUCUUUCAGAAUUUUAUUUUGAAUGUUUGUAACACUGUGAUGAUGACAUGAUGUCAUAUGGAGAUGAGUGCUUUAUUAUUUUUGUACAUUUGUGUACAAGCCAGUAAAGACAUCAUUAAACUCCCAACUUUCAGUGUAUGCAUCUUUCUAUUGUCCUGCGUGUGCAAAAGUACAUUCUGGGGAUAGACCGAUGUCUACCGGUCCUCUAUUUGGAAAUUUGACUUAUGUUGGCCUU